CCCGGGCACCGCGAGGAGGGCUCGGCGGGCAGCUCGCUCCCCAGCGCGGCGGACUCCCGGCGGGGGGACACGUGCUGGGCCCGGUCACCGCGGGGCGGAGGCGGAGCCGGGGCGGAGGCGCGGCGACCAGGGGCGGCGACCGGGGAUCCGCAGCGCUGCCCGCGCCCCCACUGGCCGCCCGCGCCGGGCCGGCUCUGCUCUGCGUCGGCAGCACCGCGGUGCAGGCGCGCGAGGGCCGCGGCCGGGGAUGAGCUGCCUGCGGUGAGAGGCCGCCCUGCCCGCCGCGAUCAUGUCCAUCCACAUCGUGGCGCUGGGGAACGAGGGCGACACGUUCCACCAGGAUAACCGGCCGUCGGGGCUCAUCCGCACCUACCUGGGGAGAAGCCCGCUGGUUUCGGGGGACGAGAGCAGCUUGUUGCUGAACGCGGCCAGCACGGUCGCGCGCCCGGUGUUCACCGAGUACCAGGCCAGUGCGUUCGGGAACGUCAAGCUGGUGGUGCACGACUGUCCCGUCUGGGACAUUUUUGACAGUGAUUGGUACACUUCCCGAAACCUAAUUGGGGGUGCUGACAUCGUUGUGAUAAAAUACAAUGUAAAUGACAAGUUUUCAUUCCACGAAGUAAAGGAUAAUUAUAUUCCAGUGAUUAAAAGAGCAUCAAACUCAGUUCCAGUGAUCAUUGCAGCUGUUGGGACCAGGCAACAUGAAUUACCUUGUACAUGCCCCCUGUGUACCUCAGACCGAGGGAGCUGUGUUAGUACCACAGAAGGGAUCCAACUUGCCAAAGAACUGGGAGCUACCUACCUGGAGCUGCACAGCCUUGAUGACUUCUACAUCGGAAAGUAUUUCGGAGGAGUGUUGGAGUAUUUUAUGAUUCAAGCCUUAAAUCAGAAGACAAGUGAAAAAAUGAGGAAAAGGAAAAUGACCAACUCCUUUCACGGAAUUAGACCGCCUCAACUUGAACAGCCAGAAAAGAUGCCUGUCUUGAAAGCCGAAGCAUCGCACUACCACUCCGACUUGAACAACUUGCUGUCCUGCUGCCAGUGUGUGGACGUGGUGUUUUACCAUCCGGAAGUGACGGGCGUCGCGCAGGCCCACAAGAUUGUUCUCUGCGCUGUGAGCCACGUUUUCAUGCUGCUGUUUAAUGUGAAGAGCCCUACCGACAUUCAGGAUCCCAGCAUCGUCCGGAUGACCCGGGACCUCUUCGCCAUCAACAGAGAUGCUGUGCGUCCAGGUGCUAGCCAGGAAUCUCCCAGCAACCCGCCGCUGCGAGUCGUCGUGAAGGACGCGCUCUUCUGCUCGUGUUUGUCCGAUAUUCUGCGCUUCAUUUAUUCAGGUGCUUUUCAGUGGGAAGAGCUGGAAGAAGACAUCAGGAGGAAGCUGAAUGACUCAGGGGAUGUUUCCGAUGUAAUCGAGAAAGUGAAAUGCCUUUUAAAAACACCAGGAAAGAUCAAUUGCCUGAGGAAUUGCAAGACCUACCAAGCCAGAAAGCCUCUGUGGUUCUAUAAUACAUCACUCAAGUUUUUCCUCAAUAAACCAAUGCUUGCUGAUGUUGUCUUCGAAAUACAAGGAACAGCUGUGCCAGCCCACAGGGCCAUCUUGGUGGCACGGUGUGAGGUGAUGGCAGCCAUGUUUAAUGGUAAUUACAUGGAAGCCAAGAGUGUCCUGAUUCCAGUGUACGGCGUUUCCAAAGAGACUUUCUUGUCGUUUUUAGAAUACUUAUACACAGACUCUUGUUGCCCAGCUGGCAUUUUCCAGGCCAUGUGUCUCCUCAUCUGUGCUGAGAUGUACCAGGUCUCCAGACUGCAGCACAUCUGUGAGCUGUUCAUCAUCACACAGCUGCAGAGCAUGCCCAGCAGGGAGCUGGCGUCCAUGAACCUUGAUAUUGUGGAUCUGCUCAAAAAGGCCAAGUUUCACCACUCUGAUUGCCUUUCAACGUGGCUGCUUCACUUCAUCGCCACCAACUACCUCAUAUUCAGCCAGAAGCCUGAAUUUCAAGACCUUUCAGUGGAAGAACGAAGUUUUGUUGAGAAGCACCGAUGGCCAUCAAACAUAUACUUGAAGCAGCUGGCAGAGUACAGGAAGUAUAUCCACUCCCGGAAAUGUCGCUGUUUAGUCAUGUGACCUGAGCUUUUGUGUAUAGACAUGCUUUUUUUACUGUUAUGAAGAAUGGGUACCUCUGGGUUCCAGUAAAAUUCUUAUAAUUGAAUCAGUAUGGUAUUUUAAAAACACCAUAUAGCUUCUUAUUAGCUUUGAAGGCUGCGGAGGUCUUAAAAGGGAGCACAGACUUUAAUGCUUCGCCCAGAACAUAAAACUCCUGGACAGUGGCUUCUCCUCUAGGUUGCCCCGUUGCUUUAAUAGCAUUAAACCUCUCCUCAUUAAGAGAUGUUUAAUUUUAAAAAUAUCAUCUAGGAGAAAUACGAAAAUUUCAUCAUGUCUGACUGAUUGCUAAAAUAAGGGCCAUUUAAAAGCCAGUGUAACUGUGAAUUUGGGGGAGUGCUGUCCGGUGCAGCGUGAAGUUUUAGGAAUAGGAAUUUGCCAUCCGUCAGUCGCACACCAGCUGCUUCCAGGUCAGUAGGCGUGUUUGAAUCAAUAUAAUGAAGAACACCUGCCCAUCUGGUCCAUGCAACCACAUCUGCUUGCCGAUUGGCAAACCCAGUCAGGGCUAGCAGUUACUGCUGUGCAACUUUCUGGAUUCUGCAGCUCCCACACUUAGAAAGGCCUGGCACUUGUUUAGGCUCUGCUAGUACACUGUUAAAUUCCUAAAAAUGUUUGAAAGAAGGCUCCCAUGCUUUCACUUUGCACUGGCUCCCCAAAAUUCCUAUUGAGGGAAAAUGCCCUCUCUCUCUCUCUCUCUCUCUCCCUCUCUAGAGGGUUUCUCUGUGUAACAGCCCUGGCUACCCUAGAACUUGCUUUGUAGAUUAGGCUGGCCUUGAACCUACAGAAAUCUGCCUGCCUCUGCCUCUGGAGUGCUGAGAUUAAAGGCACAUGCCACCAUGCCUGGCUAAAGAAAUGCCUUUUUAAAAAAAUUUUAUUUUAUUUAAUCAUUUUUUUUCACUUAUUUUAUAUAUCAACCACAUUUUCCUCUCCCUCCUAAUCUCCUACUCCCUCCCUCAUCUCCCAACUACCCCCUCCCAUCCACUCCUUUGUCUCCCUUCAGAAAGGGGCAGGCCUCCCGUGGGCUUGAACAAAGAAAGCAUGGCCAUCAAGUUGAGGUAGAACUGGGCUCCUUGCCUGCAGCAAGGCUAGAUGAGGUAAUUAAAAUGUUCUUUUCUUAUUCAAACCUCAAGGACGCUGGGAGAGCAGAGUGGAGAGGCUCCUCAGGGAGGCUUGCUCCGCCUAGUGCCUCAACAGCGACCUCUUCUGGCAGGAAGACAUGCUUUCGGCUGACUUUGGGACACUAACUUACUUCUAGCUCUAUCCCAGAACAGUACUUUCUUGAUCAAUAUGUAAAGCCAGGAAGUUGAUAAGAGUGAGUGAGUAGCCUGACUAAAUAAAGUUUUAGAGAUAAUCACAGGAAAAAAUGCCUUCUAGAGACUUGGGUACAAAAGCUGAAGUAUUCUUUCUUUUAAAUGUAUCUGUUAAGAUUAGGAUGCCAGUGGCUUGAAUUGAGUUCUUCCAGGGACUGAAAGGCCAUCUGGUAUGAAAUAGCAAAGCCACCUAAGAAGGUUUAAAAAAUGGAGAGACAGUGUGGGCUGGGAAAGCCAAAUAGUUCUCUUAUAUCGCGUUUGCAGAAAUGAUUCUGCAAGAUGCGCACAGCUUGGGCAUGGAAAAUACAGAUUGCUGUGCAGUGCUAACAUCAUGGCACCUGUAAUUUAGUGCUGGGCACUAUUGUCCUAAUUUCCAGCGAUUUUAGUAUGCAUAUUUUUCCAACUUUUCAAAAGUUUGGUUCAGCAGUCUCACCCUGUAGUGUUAGGGCGGCAUCCAGAAGACCGUCUUCUGCAUAGCAAUGCUGUUAGAGUAAAGGGGAAAGAGCUCCUGGAGCUAGAACCCAGAGAGAACUCAUUUUAAUUGUGCUGUGUUGGUGAAGAUUAUUGGAAUGCGUUUUGGUUUUUGCAUUUUAAGUUACACACCUAUUGGCAAGUCCCACUUGGUGGCUUAGCAUUGUAAAGAACAGUUAAUGUAGCAGUACCGAGAAGGUCCUUUGCGAUUGUAGAUCCAAUGGUAGCCCUUUGAUACUUGAACACAUAUACUCACCCUCUGUGCUAAUCACAGCAAUUAAAAUUCUAAAAGCUUAGGAAAUUGAAAAAUAGGAGUUGAGAAACAAAGCAUUUUCUCAGAAAUACGAUGUUAACAUUUAACUAGGGCGCUCUCCUGAGUGGGAGCUGAAUUUGGAAACGGGUGGUCUCGAGUGUUUUUCUGGAGGUUUUCCCACUACCUGUGACAGUGACAAGGGCAGAACAGAAGUGAAUUCUUAAGCACAUUUGAAUACAGACCCCUCAGUACUAUGGAAUUCACCCAAUUGAAAGUAACGAGAAGUUUCAAAUACUUAAAAUGAUCAUGGCUAAAUUCAUGCUGGCUUUCAGGGUUGUUUUCCACUCAAAGGAUUAUUUUAGAUGGCUGUAUGCAAAUUUCCUGCUUCAAUAUAUUUACCACGCAUUCUAGUUAGAGGAUACUGUGUAGCAGAAAUAAGGCCCCUUCCUUCAGGGCCAGGUUUGCGUCGUAUUAAGCAUCCCUUGUAUGCUGCUGGCUACUUUCUUCCUGUUCUACCAUAGGGGACUAGACUCUAAGAGAGAGCACUGGCUGGAGACUGAAGCCCACCCUGUGCGAGCCGCACUGGGGCUUCCUCAGGAUCCGGGAAGACUGAGGAAUCAGAUGGAAUUGACUUCCAAGAUGGCCAAAUUUUUUAACUGUAAUUUUACAAAUGAUACUACACUGAUAUAACCAAUUAGGUUUAAUAUGUCUUCAAUAAUUAUUUUAUUUAAAGCAUCUUGUUUAAUUCAACUUUUAAUCAGAUUUUGCAAAGGGUAUGUAUGUAUUUUAAUAUAGCCUAACCUGAAUUUAUAUGUUUUUAGCUUUAGUAUUUAAUGUUUUAUAACAAAUAAACCAUUUUUUACAAAAACGG